AGCUGUCCUGCCCUUCUAGCCCUGCCCAGUUGCAUGGACAGAGAUGGCGGCGAUUGAAGUGGAGCGUCACCGAGGGCGUCUGGCGGCCCUGGCCAUAGCAGUGGUGGUGAUCGCUGUGGGAGUUCCCUUGUGGUGGAAGACCACUGAGACAUACAGGGCAUGGCUACCUGUCACCCAGAUCAACCAGCUAGCUCAGCUGCAGCUACAGUUGAGUGUGGAAGUGGAGGUGGUGUUCUCUAGAGGAACUCUGACUGCUGAACACCAGAAGAAGAUUGAUCCCACACACACACGCCUGGAGGAGCACCCUGUGGACGAGACCACAUUGUUGAGUUACAGGUAUGAGACUAGAUACAGGACAGCUACCAUCAUGGAGGAAGAUGCCCUGAACCAGCCCACUGCAGCAGAGACAGAUCAGUCUCUUCAUCUGCUCAGUGAGAGCCCCUGUGGCUCCGUGGUCAUCUAUGUGGUCCCAGAAUCCUCCACACUGCUACCUGAGGGUGUGAGUGUGUACGUGGGUCAGAGGCGGACGGCGCUGUUGCGUGCGGGGAGGCCAAUGAGAGUGGGCGUCGGCCUGAAGGAGGUGCUAGCCCACCUGGAGACCCAGGUACAACAGGUUCUCAAGGUCAUGUCAUUCAGCCACAGUGACAUCACCGCUGCCCUGAGCGACCGCGUCCGUGUCCGCCUCGACUACAGUAGCAGGGAGGGUCUGGCCGACAGCAUGAGAGCCUUCAAGUCCAGCCCAGGUUAUGAAAUAACCUUCAGCCUGUUGAACCCUGACCCUAAGUCUCACCAUCUGCACUGGGACAUAGAGGCAGCAGUCCAGAGUUAUAUCCAGCCUCUCCUGUCGAAGCUGGCCCCCGUGGCUGACUUCAGUCUGGACUCACAGAUCCUCUACUACGCCGUCCUAGGGGUCAACCCACGUUUCGAUCCCUCACUCAACGCCUACACACUCAACGCUGACAGCCUGUCUCACGUCAUUAACCCCGUAGAGGCCAGGCUGGGCUCCAGCGCUGCGUCAUCCAACCCUGUCCUGAACUUCCUGCUGUACGUUCCAGACGCACGUCACUCCCCCCUCUACAUCACCGACCACCGCAAAUACACUGUUGUCUCCAACGCCUUCAGCUCCCCGCGCUGGGGUGGCAUCAUGGUGUAUAAUGUCAAUGGGACAGAGCUUCCUGUUCACAUCAACAUAGACAUGACCAGAGUGAUGGGAGUCUUCCUAGCACAGCUACGGCUGAUGCUGGGUGUCCAGUCGUACCCCUCCCCUGGCUUCCUGGUUGGCCCGUGUGGCCCAGCGGGAUUGGCUGACUGGGAGUUGGAUCGCCUCCUGUGGAGUCGCAGUGUAGAGAACGUUGCCACGGCAACGACAACCAUCACCUCAUUGGCCCAGCUGCUGGACCAGAUAGGAAACAUCGUCAUCAACGACAACAUCGCAGAACAGGUGUCAGCAGCAGUUGCCUCUCUCCAGUUGGCUGUGGGUCAGUUGGAGGCGGGGAACCUGGGCCUGGCCCUGCAGUACAGUAAGGAAGCUAUCCUCCAUUCAGAACGAGCCUUCUUCGACCCCUCCCUCCUCCACCUCCUCUAUUUCCCUGACGAUCAGAAGUUUGCCAUCUACAUCCCUCUCUUUCUGCCCAUGUGUGUCCCCAUCCUGCUCUCACUGCUCAAGAUGGCCGCCGAGGUCCGCCAGAGGCGAAGGGAGAGACAGGACAAGAAGGAGUGAGAUGGAAGUUAUUAAGAUGGAGAGAUCGACCGAUGAACGGGCGCACGCACAGUUGGUUCACUGAUCAACAAAGUGUUUAAAGGAAACUGUCUGGACUCAGAAAUUAUGUUAAGACCAUUAGAAAUACAUGGGGCCAUAUUGAUCAAACUUCUCACAGUAGGAGUGUUUAUUUAGGAUCAGUUUUGCCUUUCAGAACACAAUGAAUAAGAUUAUAUGGACAGGGGGACCUGAUCCUAGAUCAGCACUCCUCUAAUUAUAUGGACAAGGGGACCUGAUCCUAGAUCAACACUCCUCUGAUUAUAUGGACAGGGGGACCUGAUCCUAGAUCAACACUGAUUAUAUGGACAGGGGGACCUGAUCCUAGAUCAGCACUCCUCUAAUUAUAUGGACAGGGGGACCUGAUCCUAGAUCAACACUGAUUAUAUGGACAGGGGGACCUGAUCCUAGAUCAGCACUGAUUACAUGGACAGGGGGAC